GUAAUUAUCUGUUCUCCAAACACCUCUCUCUUCUCCUCACUUUCCCCGUCCAGUAUCGGGCGAGGGCGAGUGGGUCGCUGGGGGCCUGCUCAGAGUGAGGCUGAAUUUGCGGGGGGCACUUUCCAUUGUGGUUUGCCUUGUAGAGGAGACUCGUCCCAACCUCCGUUCUGAGUAUCUUAUGUCCUAACACAGGGACGCAGAGAAGGCGAGAUGUCCUGGUCCGGCCUUCUCCGUGGCCUCACCACGUCCCUCAGUCGUGGCCUGGCCCUAGGUCCCCAACUCUGGGCCACACGUUCCAUGGCCACCCUGAACCAGAUGCACCGCUUAGGCCGCCCGAAGGAACCCCCUAAGCGUCUGGGUCCCACAGAGGGCCGGCCACAGCUGAAGGGUGUGGUGUUACGCACAUUCAUCAGGAAGCCGAAGAAGCCCAACUCUGCCAACCGCAAGUGCUGCCGAGUGCGCCUCAGCACGGGCAAAGAGGCCGUCUGCUUCAUCCCUGGGGAGGGCCACACCCUGCAGGAGCACCAUGUGGUCCUGGUGGAGGGCGGCCGCACCCAAGACCUGCCUGGGGUCAAACUCAAAGUUGUGAGGGGCAAGUAUGACUGUGGCCACGUGCAAAAGAAGAAGUGACCAUAAUUGACAGUGGUCAGGCACUGGGUCCUCGGAAACCAGUUCUUCCUGUUCCAGCGAAGGCUAGUCCUGGGCUCAACUCUCACUUGGCCUCAUCAGGACUGCUAUUAACUGCAAGAGUUCUGGUGAAUUGGGAGGAAGCGCCCCUCUGCCCACUCCCUUGGCUUCCAUGUUCAGUGUCCACAGAUGGGACCUCAUGCUGGGAUGGGAGUUGUAAUAAACACAUCUGCAGGUUGUGAUGUCA